GUAUUUUCGUCUCCCCGUCGGUGAUUCUCUCGCAUUCCGGCUCGGUUGGGGUCUCGUUGCUGGUGUGGGGCUUUUCAGCGGUCAUUGCGAGUUUCGGUGCUCUUUGUUAUAUCGAGUUGGGGACAUCGAUUCGGCGAUCGGGUUGCGAUUUCGCUUAUUUGAGUCACGCUGGGUGGAAUCCCCUCGCCUCAGCUUUUCUUUUUGUCAGUUGUUCACUCACUUAUCCAUCGAUUUUGGCUGUUCAAACGAUCACUUUCGGCGAAUACAUUGUCAACGGUUUCCACAAGUUUAUCCACGUCUCGCCGAAUUGGGAACCGAUUCUAAAGCGUUUAAUCGGUUUCUCCGUGCUUUUGCCGUUGAUGGGAGUGAAUUUCCUCUCGUUGCGUCGUGUGGCGGCUCGUUUUCAAAUCGUGGCCACUGCCGCGAAAUUGUUGGUCAUUUGUGUCAUUGUCAUUACUGGUUUUUACCAUUUAAUUUUUAAAGGCGAAACGCAAAAUUUCGAUUCGAAAACGAUUUUUGACGGCACAACAAAAGAGUCGGGUGAGUGGAGAUUACUG